AUGUCCAGCAAAUCUCGGUGGGCCGACACCGAAGAAGACGCCCGCAUCGACGCCAGGCUCAAGGAAGAAAAGCGACGUAAGAAGGCAGAAAAGGCUCGAAAAGUUGAAGAAGAGAAGAAAGCGCAAGAGGCCGCACAGCAAAAGGCACUCCACCUUGACGAUGACCGGCCCUCGAAGCGACGCAGGAUCACCCCCGAGCCAGGCGCAAACCAACAAGACAAGGCACCUCCAGCGAAGCUAUUGCGGUUUCCGGCGGGCACCUGGGGGAAGUGCAGAAGCGUUGAGAAUUACGAGAAGCUAAACGAUAUCGAGGAGGGGACUUAUGGCUGGGUUGCGCGGGCGACAAACAAAGCUACGGGAAAGGUUGUCGCGCUCAAGAGAUUGAAGCUGGAACCUCAAGAUCGAAACGGUCUCCCCGUCACAGGCCUGCGCGAAAUACAAAUAUUGAAGGAUUGCCAACACCGGAAUAUUGUCACCAUGGAAGAAGUGGUUGUAGGUGACGACGUAUCACGGCCAGACAAGCUACAGCUAACAGCCAGCCCCAGCUCUUUAUUCCUCGUCCUCGAAUUCGUCGAACAUGACCUAAAAUCCAUUCUUGAUGAUAUGCCAGAGCCGUUUCUCUCUUCCGAAGUAAAGCGCCUCCUAUUGCAGCUUACAUCAGGCAUCGCAUAUCUUCAUGACAAUUGGAUUCUACAUCGCGACCUCAAAACCUCUAACCUCCUCCUUAACAACCGUGGCCAGUUGAAAAUUGCCGACUUUGGCAUGGCCCGCUAUGUUGGCGAUCCUCCCCCGAAACUCACACAACUCGUCGUCACCCUUUGGUACCGGGCUCCGGAGCUACUGCUUGGCGCAAAGACAUACGAUGCGGCGGUAGACAUGUGGAGCGUGGGCUGUAUCUUUGGGGAGCUGAUAACCCGGGAGCCUCUUCUUCAGGGCAAGAAUGAGGUCGAUCAAGUUUCGCGCACCUUCGAGCUCUGUGGUGUUCCCACAGAAGAGACAUGGCCUGGGUUUCGUCGUCUCCCCAAUGCGCGCUCACUGCGACUUCCAAAGACACAUGUUGCUACCGGGUCUGUCAUUCGCGCCCGCUUUCCCGGUCUCACGACCGCAGGCGCCAGUUUGCUGGGUGAUCUCCUAUCACUUGACCCCGGAAGAAGACCAUCGGCGAGUGAGAUGCUUCAGCACGAGUACUUCCGACAGGACCCAAAGCCCAAACCAGAGAGCAUGUUCCCAACGUUCCCUAGUAAGGCAAACCAGGAACGGCGAAUGCGUGCAGAGCCUCAUGCGCCUGUGCGCGGUGGACAGGCUGCGUCGCUGGGCGAUGCUGACUUCAGUGGCAUUUUUCAGGGGCGGGAUAAAGAAGAAAGGGGGGCAGGGUUUCAGUUGCGCAUGGUUUAA